ACUUCAACCGCGGAGGCAGCUGAACUGGGUGUUUCGCGUAAUGGACUAACAAUCUCCACUCUCUGCACGCCUAACGUGUCAGUAUCCAAGCUAAAAUGGGAAGAAAUCAAGGAUCUGGCCUACUCGCGGAAAACCUUCACAAUUCAACUCCUAAAGAAAGCCAAGUCAAUCCUCUUUCUCUUUGAAGACACACAGGAGGCGCGCUAUUUAUGGAACUUUUGCAUUCAGAUGCAUAACAGCUACAUUCACUACUGGUCACAUAGCUGGCUCUUUGCAGCCAAUUGCUCACGUUUCCGAACCCCCUAUGCUGAGGGAGCGACCCUGGAGACAAGGGAAACCUGUCAUGGACGCACAGCAGCCAUCGGUCGUGGCGCGACUAUUGCUAGAGUCCACCAACCUCAACAUACACCAACCAACAACACCGCAGAUUUUAAUGGUGGCCACCCAAUUGGUGACUUAAAGAUAUACCAAACAAACAUCUCUACGACAGGUAAGCUGUCACUGUUUUUGUACAGUAGAGUCUAA